AUGCUGCGGUGGGGUCCUCCCUUGCGUGACAACCCAGCGUGCACCAGCGGACGUCGUCUGCUGAGAGAGUGUGAUGAAGUUAUCAUAAACGCAGAAGGUGGCGUUAAGUUUUUGAUAUUUCAUGUUGAACUUCGUCAGCAGAAGAAGUUGGGGAGAGGAGUGUCAGAUUGUCUUGCUUUUGAAAGUGCUAAAAGAAUUAGAUUACUGAAUUCAUCAUCAAAAGAUAAUAUGACUGCUUUCUAUGGAAUAAAUCAGUUUUCUCACCUGUUUCCUGAAGAGUUCAAAGCUAUUUACUUAAGAAGCAUACCUCACAAACUUCCCAGAUACAUAAAAGUGCCAAACGGAGAGGAGAAACCUUUGCCGAAGAAGUUUGACUGGAGGGACAAGAAAGUCAUUACAGAAGUGAGAAAUCAGCAAACAUGUGGAGGCUGCUGGGCUUUCAGCGUUGUGGGUAGUAUAGAGUCUGCCUAUGCAAUUAAAGGAAAUAACCUGGAAGAACUCAGUGUACAGCAGAUUAUUGACUGUUCAUACAAUAAUUAUGGCUGCAGCGGGGGAUCCACUGUUAGUGCUUUGAGCUGGCUGAACCAGACAAAAGUAAAACUCGUGAGAGAUUCAGAAUACACUUUUAAAGCUCAGACAGGACUAUGCCAUUAUUUUGGACACUCAGAUUUUGGAGUAUCAAUAACAGGAUUUGCUGCAUAUGACUUCAGUGGUCAGGAAGAAGAAAUGAUGAGGAUGCUUGUUAACUGGGGCCCUUUGGCAGUAACAGUAGAUGCAGUUAGCUGGCAGGAUUAUCUUGGUGGGAUCAUACAGUAUCACUGCUCCAGUGGAAGAGCAAAUCAUGCUGUUCUCAUCACUGGUUUUGACAGAACAGGUAAUAUCCCGUACUGGAUUGUACAGAACUCUUGGGGGCCUACAUGGGGAAUAGAUGGCUAUGUUCGUGUUAAGAUAGGCGGCAAUGUCUGUGGUAUAGCAGAUACAGUUUCAUUAGUAUUUGUUUGA